AUGUUCCCCCUGGCGUGCCAGUCGACGGCGUGUUGGAACACGUCCAACUACCUGCAGGAAACCAUGUCUCCGCGGUUCCGCGUCCUGAACCGAUGCAAAGACUUUCCCGAGUGGGCUUGCGACGGCUUCAGCCGCUCUUACAAGGACAAGGUGCCCUCGCACAGGCACAAGCUCAACACCAUGACUAUGAUCAGAGACGAGGUGGACAAUAUCCUCCGCGGCUUCCUCGACCGGCCCUACGCCGAGGUCUCCGAGUCGCUGGCCGACGCCAAGCUGCAGAUUGACGGCUCCAAGCAGGUCGACGCCGAGAACUUGGCCAAGGUGGCUGAUUACUACCGCACGUGCAUGGGCAGCGACAUGAAAGACAAUGCGGCUGCCUUUGUGGAGCUGAUGAACGAGGUCAACAGGCCGUUUGCUGCGCUUGACGCGGUCCAAGCCUCGCAAAAGGACAGCAAUGUCACCACGUACAAGCCCGUCGUCGACACGGGGAGGAGAAUGGCGUUGGAGGACUGGGACAUGCUCUGCGAGGCACAGGUCAACCUCGUCCAGCUGGGCAUCUACCCCUUUGUCAAGAUUGAAGCCCAGCAGUCGCUCGUCAACCCCAACAAGACGGCCAUCGUGAUCACCCCGGAAUACCGGGGCGCCAUGCCCGACAACUGGAUCUUCCGGUUCAAGGCUUUCAGGGAUCCGUACUCGGCUGUGCUGGUCGAGUUCCUCGAGAGUGCCCACGGGCAGAAUCUGCCGCGGGUCCAGAACCUGAAGGACAUUCCCGAAUCCGUCAUACAAUUUGAGAAGGACAUUUUGAGGAAGCAACCUAGGUGGCGCAGGCGUGAAAUGAAGUUUACAAAGAACCACGUCGAGGAGCUCAGCCUGGACGACCUUGAGCACCUCGCGCCGGAGCUGCGCCUCAAGGACACGGUUCUGUCGUUUGCGCGGCGGUACAACGCCACCGUCGAGGGCGUCGAGGUGAUUCGCCCGGAAAUCGUCCGCCGCGUGAACCGCGUCGUCAGGCGCCAGACGCGCGAGACGAUCCGCUCGUUCCUCAUGUGGCAGGCCUUUCUCCAGACCGUCGAGGUGUGGGACUUGAGCUGGACCCAGAGGUGGACAAACUUCACCGCGAGCCAGAUUGGCAUGGCACAUAACCAGACGCUGGAGGAAAAGUGCAUCUCGAGGGCGCAGAGGCACUUUGGCCACAUCCUCGACUCCUUCUUCAUCCGCAAGGAGUACUCGUCGGCCAUUGCGUCGGGCGUCAAAGGCAUGGCCGAGGGCAUCCGCGCGGAGUGGAGGAACAUGGCGUCCACCACGGACUGGAUGUCGGAGCAGGGCAGGAACCUGACGGUCGAAAAGAUGGACCGUUUGGAUAUUUCCAUUGGCCAUCCGCUGACGCCUCAUCCCCUCAAACCAGAGUCCAUUGCCGAGUUCUACGCCGGGGCCAACGUCCGCGCCGGCGGGCCAGCGCACGAGGGGGUGAACAACUCGACGAUGGCAACGGCGUCGCGCUGGUCGCGGCUCGGCAGGGCGCCGCAGGGUGCCGACGAGUGGCCCGACAACGCGCACUCACUCGAGGUGCAGUACUCGCCGCUGCGGAACCAGCUCGUCAUCCCCGCCGGGCUGAUGCGCCAGCCGCUCUACCACGCGGACCUGCCGAGCUGGUACCAGUACGGCGCGCUCGGCACGGCCAUCGGGACGGCCAUGGCAAAGGUCAUUGACGGCGUCGGGCAGCAGUACCAGGUCAACGGGUCCAUCCGCGGCGAGACGUGGACGGGCCGCGACUGGCGCAAGUACACCAAGCAGCUGCGUUGCUUCAGAAAGCGCUGGCGCCGCGUAUACCGCAUCGGCACAUUCAAGUUCAUGCUCGAGAUGGACAACGUCUACGAGUCCGUUGUGGGCGAUCACGAGGGCAUGGAGGCCUCGUACCGCGCCUGGGUCACCGCCAAGAGCAACUCGACGAACCUGCCGCUGCCGGGCCUCGAGGUCUUUAGCAACCUCGAGCUGUACUGGAUGGCGCGGGCGACGCGCUUCUGCACCGUGCGGCCCCCGACGGCCAACAAGUUCUUCGAGGCCGAGGUCGCGCGCUCCGAUAUGCCGCCCGACCACGCGCGGCUCGUGGAGCCUACCCUCGACUUUGGCCCCUUUCACGCCUCCAUGCACUGCAGGUGUGGGAGAUGCCUGGCCAAGAAGUGUAGGGUUUUUGGGCGAUAUCUCGAGCCCUGGGGUUACGGAGUGGAAGACUAG